CUAAAAACCAUAACAGUUAGUUUUGGCGGUAUUUUGGGACGGGAGUGUUGUGUCGUUCAAGUGUGGUUAGUGCUAUCGAAAUGUUCGUAACCGUACGUAAACUGAAUUUUUGAUAUGUCGAAAAAUAUUAUUUUUUCGUCGAUGCAUCGCGUUUCUCGGUUUUAAAGUUUUUAUUUUUAUUUUUUGAGUAUAUUUUUCGUGAAUUUAUUUCAUAGUGAAUGUGAUCUUGUGACUUUUCCGGUGAUUGAUUUUAUAGAAAAAUAAACUGAACAGGAAUUGCAUCCGAAGUCGACAUGUUGGUUGUUAUUGGAGUAAACGAACGUUUAGAUGGCGACGAUUGCGAUUGGGAAACGAAUUUGUUUGAUUAGAAGAAGAAAAAACACCAAAGUCGAGCCAUACAGUACACCAAACGGUGACAUGAGUCAUGUCGUUUCCAAAGCAAUAUAGUAAAUCGUGAAAAGACACGUGUCAACUUUUCAGUCGUCAUUGGAUUUCUCGUGGCGUGGUUUCGCCUUCUUGAUAUCUGUCGACGAGAAGCGAAGGAAAAAAAUAUCAAGAAAUACGCGACUCUUGAGAAAGAUAAACGAAUAUAAGCGAAUAAGCAUGGUUAUAUUUCAUAAUGAUUGCCACUUCCUGUGGGUCGCUACCGUGAUUUUUUUGACGUACGCAACAUCGCUCGUCAUCGCCGAACAAGAGCAUACCGGUGCCGGCGUGGAUGGCGAACAAGGUGGCGAGAGCGGUCUGCUGGAAGAUUCGUUUGGACAGAAUCCGGUCACGUCGUCCAGUAUCGACGGCAUGAAUCACGCGGUUCCAUUGCCAAUAUUCCAACUAGAGCCAUUGGAUAAGUUCGUCAUUAAAAAUAAACCGGCCACUCUACAGUGUAAAGCUACGCACGCGUUGCAGAUUAACUUCAAAUGUAACGGCCUUAAGAAUUCUUCCAGUAAUGGGAUGCAAUCCGAAGUAUUCGUCGAUCCGCAAACUGGUAUUAGGAAUAUCGAAGCCAGCAUUAAUAUUACCAGAGAUAACGUCGAAGAGUAUUUUGGCAAAGAUAAAUUCAAAUGCGAAUGUAUAGCUAUGUCUUCUCGCGGACUCAUCAAAAGCAACCCGGCUACAGUUGAAGUUGCAUCUCUGAAAAAGCAGUUCGAAACACCACCGUAUCCAACUCGAGUCGAAGUAGACAAACAAGUAGAAAUGCGAUGUAUACCACCAACGGGCAUUCCGCCGCCGAAAGUUUACUGGUUGAGAAACAAUCUUCCUUUGGAUCCGGCCGAUACGAAUAUAAUUCUAUCCAACGAAGGCCACCUGUUAAUCAGUCAAGCUCGGUUGCAAGACACAGCCAAUUAUACUUGCGUUGCUGAGAACAUCGCAGCCAAGAGAACCAGCGAGCCGGCCAUGUUAACAGUAUACGUUAAUGGCGGUUGGAGCGCGUGGUCACCGUGGUCAGAAUGCAGCGUAAGAUGCGGACGAGGACAUUACAAAAGAACCAGAACCUGUACUAAUCCGGCGCCUUUAAACGGCGGUAGUCAAUGUCAAGGUUCAGCAGUAGAUAAAUCAGGUUGCAAUGUACCAUGUCCAGCUGUGGACGGUCGCUGGUCAGCGUGGUCCGAAUGGUCGGAAUGUGACGCCGAGUGCAAACGUUACAAGAGACGUACCUGCGACAGCCCGAGUCCUUCUAAUGGCGGCAGUAAUUGUUCCGGUAAAGAUAUUCAAAGUGCAAGUUGCUCCGGAGGAUACUGCAGCACACCAGGUGGCGGACGGAAUGACUUCUACGAUCGUGACUCGGAUGAUGAAGCUUCUAGAUCCGAUGUUCGAUCUAAUGUUCCUCUGUACGUCGGCUUAGCUGUAGCCUUUUCCAUGUUUACCGUUGUUAUUGCCUUAGUUAUUAGAUUAUUGAAGCGGAAGGACAGAGAUCACAGCAUGUAUAAUAUGGCCAAUUCUGAUUUUCAUCCGGAAUUUUUCACCGAAGAUGAUAAAAAAAGUUACCACUGUUUGCAACAACAUACUCCAGACCAUCAAGCAACCAAUGUGAAUCACACAGUCGUUGUACCUCUAUCGAUACCGUCCUGCUACGAAUACCCUUUCUGCGACCAGAACAAAUACAAUUUAGCGAAGACCUGCAGCGAACAUCAUUACGAUGUGCCAUAUUUAAAUAACGUUACCGGUAACUCGCCGACUACCUCCUCAACAGCUUCUGUUCAAGCAGAUACUCAUACCACAUCCAAGUCAUCCGAAUCAAAUCGCAGUCUCAGCAGUUUUACAUGUUCGUCUCCGUCACGUCAAGAUUCGUGUUAUGAUUUAUCCAACAGUAGUAAGAGCUGCUCAAUGGCGCACUCUCAAUAUCCGUAUCACUGCGAGAAUGUGGAGUAUGGGAAUUUCUCAGUCUCGAGUAACGUUUCCAGUUCCGGCGGUCGGCUCGCAUUACCUGAUUUAAACGUCUUUCUAACUAUACCCGAAGGUGCUAUUGGUCGUGGAUAUAAACAAGAAGUGAUGCUGUCCGUUCUGCAAGAAGAUAAACAUCGUCCUCGAUUAUCUGACAAACAAACGCAAUUAAGUCCAAUCGUAAUGUGCAGUCCAACUGGGUACACGUUCAAAAGACCAGUCAUUAUCAGCUUUCAACAUUGCGCCAGUCUUAAAUAUGGUCCUUGGAACAUAUCAGUACUGAAAAGCGACUGUUCCGUCGAAAACACAGCUCCAAUUUGGCAGAAAGUUGUCACUUUGGGAGAAGAGACGAUAAAUACUCCUGUAUUUACUCAAGUCGAUCAUAAUGAAGUGUUUUUAGUAACGGAAACGUUUACAAGAUUCGUAUUAAUAGGAGAGGCGGCGACACCUUUAAUUACCAAGCCAGUCAAACAUCUGAGACUAGCUGUAUUCGGCGUAUCACCUACGCAAUCGUCAAAUUUAUUAGAAUACAGUGUCAGAGUUUACGUUAUAGAAGAUACAAAACCGUCUUUAGAGGGAGUGAUACAAACCGAACGUAAAUUAGGCGGCACUUUAGUAGAUAAACCAAAAGGUCUGUUGUUUCAAGACGGAGGAGCGAACCUCUGUUUAAAUAUCGAAGAUGUAUCUUAUGGCUGGAGAUGUAAACCACAAUCUGAUUAUCAAGAAAUACCAUUUCAUCAUAUAUGGAAUUCCACGCAAAAUAAUUUACACUGUUCAUUUACAUUAGAGAGGAUAGAUAGAAACGCUAGUUUAGUCGCAUUUAGAAUAUUAGCUCUACAAAAAGGCUGUCAAACUCAUAGACAAAUGUUUAGGGUGAAUGCAGACGUUUUAAGUGAUUCUUCUUCAUCUUCCUCGUCGUUGGUUCCUAACAGUCCAGUUCUUAGUGUAAAUAGUAGACCAACCAGAACAGUAACUAGUAGUAGUGGCUGUGGAUCAAGUGUUACAACAUGUGAUCAAUUACCAUUUAGAUUUAGCAAGUCAUUAAGAAAACAAUUGUGCCAAUGUUUAGAUCCUCCCAACGCUAGAUGUAAUGACUGGAGGAUGCUUGCCCAAAAAUUAAAUAUAGAUAGAUAUAUCAAUUAUUUUGCUACCAAACCAAGCCCUACCGAUCAUAUAUUGGAUAUUUGGGAAGCAAGACAUCGAGAACCAACUGCUAUCACCGAGUUACUCAAUAUAUUCCGAAUAAUGGGACGGAAUGAUGCAGCGACGAUACUCGAAAAAGAAUUAGGACCAUGGCUGUAAAAAAAUAAAAAAUAAAGAAAUCUCUGUUGUAAAUUUUAAGUUUUAUACGUACCUGUUUCUUUGUAUAUACGUACCUACUUUUAUAUUGUACUUUUGUAUACAAUGUUUAUAUUUAUAUUUUACCACAUGCGAACUUUGUUUUAGUGAUAGUAAAAGCGAAUUUUCAAUGA